ACAAAAUAAUUUCUGAUAGUAAUGGGAAAUAUCGUUAGUUUAUUAUUGAAUUUUAUUUAAUUCAGUUAAUUCAUAAGAUGUAUUCAAUUGGUCCACUACAGUUCAAUACUACAUUAUUGAUUCAUGACGCACCAGCUCCCCACUCAAUUUAACAUGAGCAGCAAAUGAACAAAUACAGCGAGCAUUUGCAACGAGCGGUAUUGCUAUAAACACGUUAUUGCUAUAAACUAAUUAAAAUUUAUGGAACUUUUGGAAUAAUUCUACCUAGGACACCCCCACCAAAUGCAAGUGGAUUCAUUUCAGCAUUUGGGGUGUUCGCCCAGUUACUACUUGAUUCUAGUUACGUCAUAGAAGGCUCAUAUGCCGUCACAUUCCAUUCGUCCAGAAGACGCUUAAAACCAGCCUAUCCGUUCAUUCAUGAAAACGCAUGGAGGCCACCAGUCCUCAGAAAGCAGUUCAAAUAAACGGGGAAACAGGGCGCUCCGCGCGCUUAUUCUUUGGCGAAAGUGAGAAGACAAGAGAAGAAUGAAGUAUAGUAAGGAAUGAUGGACAUUCAGUCUAUGUACUCAGGGUACCGUCGCUGGGUUGCGGGAAAACAGGACCGCUUCAGGACGGCGAACAGCGUGCGGCCGAGCUUCAUAGGCUCCCGCGGCUCAAUCGCCACCGCCACCGCCCUGACGACCGCCCCGACGACAGCCCCGACGACCGCCCCGACGACCGCCCCGACGACCGCCCCGACGACCGCCGCUCCUUCCUGGAUCGGCCAGCCCCAGCCGGGCCCGUCCUCUGUCCGCUCGCCGUCCGCCAGCGUCCCGCUCGACCCCGAGCUCGGGGAGUUCCGACGGAGCGAGAACGCGUUUGACUACCGCCGCUUCUCCAGCUAUGCGUCGGGGACGUCCCGGCAGGGGGACGCGUCCCGGCCCGACGGCGCCGACCCACCCUCCGGCCGCGACUCCAGCUACGCGCAGGACUACCGUGGCCGCUGGGGGCGGCCCGCCGUGUCGGCCCGCCCGCCCGACCUCCUGAAGGUCAGCACCUGCCCCUUCGCGUCCACCACGGAGUACCGGGACCAGUACCGGGCCUGGCAGGUGGCCCCGUCCUACCCGCCGCGCCGGGACACGUACGCCCGUCCCGUCCCGAGGACGGACCGGCCGGCCACGUCCUACGCCCGGGACUUCAGGGGCCUGCAAGGGGACCCGGCCGCCUCGGCCAGGCCCCCGGACAGCCUGAGGCUCGGCAUCAGCCCCUUUGAGGCCCCCAACCGCAAGGCCCCCAACCGCGGGGUCCCCAACCGCGAGACCCCCAACCGCAAGGCCUCCAACCGCGAGGCCCCCGCGGAGAACCUGAGAAUGUGGCUGGUCCCGCCUCCCCAGCGGUACAGGCCCGAAUAUGUUCGCCCCGAGGGCAAAACUGAGUUCUCCACCAGCUACGGGCAGGACUUCAGGACCCAGGAGGGGAGCAGGCGCUUCCUCAUCCUGCCCAGGGAUCAGAUCCGCUUGCCCAAGGCCGCCUUCCACGACAAAACCACCUACAACUCCGACUACCGAGCCACGGUUGUUUGGGGCGUGUGAAUUUCCACCACCGGCCACCAGAGGGCAAUGUUUGCUCAGCUGCACCACCGUCGCCCCAAGGGAGAACCGCCUGCAUUCAGUCGCCUAGGUAACAAGCAGGGAGGCAGUUGAUGAGGCCAGUAAAUUUGCAGAAAUUCCAACUGCCGAAAAAGAAGAACAACAGAUUGCGUGUAGUCCUUUGAAUUUUCAGACAUGAGAACGUGGGAUGAAUGACUUGUGCAAUGAUUUGAGUCUUUCAACCUAAAAAAAGUUGUUGUUUUUUGAAAGAUGGCCUUCAUUAGGUAACGAAGAAAAGCGCCACAUGCUUCUCUUUCCUCACAAGACACAUUCCACAUAAAUAAAUCCUUUUUAUUUGUAUUCAUUAUGUGUUGUGGCCUGAGGAGGGGCUCCGUGGUUAGUGGUUAUCAUCAGGGGGUUAAGUUGUAGUUUUUGAGGUGGGGGAAUCCUUAAAUCCCUUGUAUCAUAAGAUAUGUGCGGUGGAAGUGGGGGGAAUUUAACAAAAUUAUACAACCUUCUGUCUUCUGUCUCAAAAUAACAGCUAAAUAGGCUGUUGAAACCUUGUUCGCCUUGCCCAUAACUGACAUACCUGGCUUGAUAACGCGACUAAAUAAAAAUAAAUUUAAUAAAAUAAACUUUCUAAAACAGUCUAAGAUGUAAAAUACGCAGCUAUAUGUUCAUCUUUCAUUUAAUUUGAGGUAGUUAAUUACAUAAGGGGCACAGAAACCUUUUCGCAGUCCAAAUCUCAUUGGUAAAAUCAACUGCUUCCUAGUAACUUUUUUCAGGCAUCUUAUUAUUAUUAUUAUUAUUAUUAUUACUUUGUCUGUGUCAUGCUAAUUUAAAGAGGCAACUGAAAUUUGCAUAAUGCAAUCGAUUUAAAGUGAACCAGAAAUUUUUAAUCAAGAACUGCGAAUCAGAACCAACUUUAACGUCGUUCAUGUACAUCUCGGUGGUUCGAGUCCAAGGGAAAGCUUCUCGGUAAAGGAACUUCAAAUCCCGGAGUACACCAUCAUGGUACACGUGAUCCACUUCGGGUUCGAAGUUUAUUUAAAGCGAGGAAAGUUUGCGUACUGCUGGGGACGAUUUCCCCCUCCGAUGCACAAUAAAAAUGAAGCAAAAUGGGAAAAUGACAGAACACCCAGGAUCAAAUCAGUGUUUGAGAAUAAUGUGGAGAUCUUGCAACCUAUGCAUGUGUCUCUUUUUUUCUCUAGCGAGCUAUGUACAG